AUGUCGUCACCGAUGGACAUUGCUCCGAGCCCUUUCUCCUCACGGGCGGCCGAUGCGAGCUGUGCCUUCCCAUCUUGGCCGCGCCGGUCUUCGCUCUCCGAGUACGACGCCGCCGAGGAACGGGCCAGCUCCUACAUCCCAGACGAGGACUUCUUCCCCGAGGACGUUUUCGAGGACGAUGCACGCAGUGUCUCGAGCAACGGCAGUAGCUCCCCGGUUCAGUCACCACCAGCGCAGGCCAUGACCGAAGCCGACCUACUAGAGAUGCAGCGUGAGCGGGCAGCCUACCAACGCGAGGUUAUGCGGUUCCUCGUCACAGAGAAGGAGAGGCGACGACAAGCAGCCAAGCGCACACGGCGCAGCAGUUCCUCGGGCGCGACAACAUCUUCAUCUUCAUCUUCCAAAAAGAGUCCAAAGAGUAAGCUUUGCGCCAUGACUCCCAUUGCCGAGGCUGAGUGA